AUGGUUGCUUCCGUUAAGCUCAGCGAUGCGAUCAAACGUAAACGGGAUUUGCAAGAUGCCGAGUCCGACAUCGAUAUCAGCAGCACAGACUCAGAAAAUGAAGAUGGAAGCGGUGAAGAGCAAGAGAUUGUGAACAUAGACUUUGACUUUUUCAACGCCAACAAAGAUGUGGAUUUCCAUGCUUUCAAGAACCUUAUGCGUCAACUGAUGGGCCCCCAGGAGUCUAACAAAGUUUCGCUAAGUGCCCUGGCUGAUUUGAUCUUGGAAUCGCCUACUACCACUAUCAAAACCGAUGGUCAAGAAUCGGACCCUUACUGUUUUUUGUCAUUCAUCGACUACAAAUCGCAUGAAAACUCCGAUUAUGCGAGCUACUUGAAAAAAACCGAUCCCAAAAUGGCCGAUUUUUUCAAGUCCAUUGACAAUUCUAAUAAAACCUGCGCCUUGGUACUAGGCGAAAGACUCAUAAACAUGCCUCCCGAGAUCAUCGCUCCCCUGUUCAACAUAACUCUGGAAGACGCUUCCAGCAGUCUUGGCGGAGGAAAGACUUACGACUACUACGUGAUUAUGAGUCGAAAAUUCGAAGUCAACGUAGAAGUGGACGAUGAUGAAAAUCCUGGCCAAGGCCGCAAGCGAGUCAAGACUUCAGAGAUCGAUUACUUCCAUGAAGAAGACCGGUUUCUCGAAAGCAAUGCAAAGAUACAUAUCGAUUCCGAGAGUCGUAAGGGCCUCAUUUCCACCUACGUCGUUAUCGACCAUCCUUCUUUACUGAAGUCGAUCGAAGAAGUAACAUCAUUGGUGGCCAGCUGGUAA